CUGAUUCUCUGACAGUCUCCGGGUCUUGUUCCCAAAGCAGACUCUCUGGACUGGUUAAAACCACCACUCUGGGUUUUUCUUUCAGGCUCUGGGUUCCCUCGGUGAUGACCUCACUGCUGUUCCCUGGAGACGCUCAAGCUGCCAUGAAGGACCUCUCCUCGUCCUCUCCUCUCACCUCCCUUCUCCACUACUCCUCUUCCAAACCCUCUGUCGUGCCCUUCUCUCAGUCACCCGGUCCUGCCUCGUCGCCCGGGGUGUCGCUGUCGUCGGCGCCGCUCUCCAAACCGCAGCCCUUCUGUCUGCAGACUGGGCCACAUCUCAUUGCCAGCAUGCAGCUGCAGAAGCUCAAUUCUCACUAUCAGAACCUCGCCGGCGCCUCUCCUGGGCAUCCAGCUCCUGGUGGAGCUCCAAAGGGCUUCACACCGCUGGGUACGAGUAACCAGCUCCUGGGGCCACCUGGAGGCCUCGGAGGAGGGAACAUGGGAGUCGGGAUCAGCGUAGCCGGCCAGGGCACCACAGCGAGCGGAAUUAUCGACUUUGACCCGGUGGAUGAGGAAGUUCUCAUGUCUCUGGUGGUGGAGCUGGGUCUGGACCGAGCCAACGAGCUACCGGAGCUGUGGCUGGGACAGAACGAGUUUGACUUUAUGUCGGACGUACCGGCCGGGUGCUGACGUACAAAAGCCCAAGCAGGGGAUUUAAUCAACCAAGUGACGGAAAGCUUCUCUCACGGUUUUGUUUUUCUCUGUUCUCCCUUUCUUGGUUGAUACUGAGAAAGCAGAAGAGAUGGCG